CACAGGGAAGCACAUCUAUGUAACAGGUGGCAUCUCCCCGCGCCACGCAUACACACACACACGCGCGCGCACACACGCGUGCCGGCAAACCCGCAGUCACAUCCCGGACGUGAAAGAGAGAGUUAGUGAGUGAAUGACAUUGAGAGAGAGAGAGACACACACACACACAGAGGGAAUAUCGGUAGAAGUCAACCAGCGUCUGUGUGAAUUCGUGCAAUAAAGAUGAGCCUCGGGAUAUGGAGCUGGAUUUUGGCAUCGCUGUUUAUAUGCAUCUCUGCUGCUCCUAGUGAUGUCAGCAAGUCAGCUGGUCUACCUCGGGGUGUGCUACGCGGAUCCUCGGAGAACGCGUGCGCCAAGUUCCCCUGCAGGCACGGAGGGCGCUGUCAGGCUGCAGGCGUGGGCCUGUACACGUGCACGUGUCCGUGGAAGUUCGUGGGAGAUCACUGCGAAACUCUGUACCAGCCCUGUCACCCUAACCCGUGCCGCAACCGCGGCGCAUGCAACAGGGACGCGACGCAGACGACGUACAUGUGCACGUGCAUGCACGGCUUCACGGGAAGAGACCGGGCGAGAUCCGCGACAACCCGUGCAACACCGAUCCGUGCCAACAUGGCGGCACGUGUGAUUGGGGUUAUGGUGACAGGCCAUACGUUUGCACGUGUAACUACGGGUGGAAGGGGCAAGAUUGCGAGUAUCCAAACGUCCCUUGCAUCCGGUAGCCCUGUAUGAACGGUGGCACCUGUUAUUCACUCGUCAACUAUCAGGCGAAUGUCUAUCAGUGCGUGUGCCCGCCUGGCUACGGCGGCAAAAGGUGUGACGUCAGCACCUACUCGCAGACGCUCGCACUAACCAGAGAUGACGUCACCAGAGAUGUACAGACGUUCGCGGCGUCUUAUGUCGGCGACAAAGAUUCGUCGCUGGCGACGCAAGAUUCGCCGCUCUUCGGGGGAGGGCUGGUGUUGUCGGCACCGGCUGAGCUCGGCAUUAGGCCCGAGAAGAAGCGUAGCGGCAGAGAGGAUCUGCCCACACACAGCAAGUUUAAUCCGUACAAGCCGGCGUCUGACACACACUUUCGUCACAAGGUCGAUCCGUUAGUGUACUACCGACGAUAUAGCCGUAAUCCCUCGAUCAUCUUCUAGUGUAUCACGUGCUGCCAUCUAUCCUCAAAUUUACCGAGAAUAAUGUGGAGAGAAAACCAGGUGGUGAUCUUAGUGCCAAGCAUCUCAAAAUGUUAGCGAUAAAAAAAUAAAAUGCGCGCGGUCUGUAAAAAAUCGCAACGGAAAAAAGUGUCGUGCGCUGUGAAUAACCCAAGGAGCAGUUCGUCAUAAUACAGUGGUCCCCGCUUUAUCAGUAUAAGCGGACAGUUCGGGAAAUAUGUAAUUGUCCCGUUUAAACGGCGAAUACGUAACAGCGUGCGUCAGGAUCACAGCCACUUGGAGCGUUUCAAUAAAAUAUAAUGCUAAAUAUAUACGAAAUAUAUUUACUACCAAAGUCUUAAUGUUUC